AUUCAAAAAAUUAUUCGCUCAAUUGUAACAUCCUUCCCAUUCAGAAUAUUUGGAAUUUUGCUGAUCUUUAUGGAUAUGUCCCUCAUCGUUACAGACCUUGUCGUUGAUAACUCAAUAUUCAGUCAUUUGGAAUAUCGUUUAAUUUCUUUAGCUAUUGCUUUAUUUUUCCUCAUGGAUGUUGUUCUUCGAGUAUUUGUAGAAGGGAUGAAACCUUAUUUUUCUGAUAUACUUAACUCCUUAGAUGCUGUCAUUGUUGUGGUGACUCUAUUGGUUAAUGUUGUUUAUAUGUUCUAUGACUAUAGGUUUCUUACUGGUAUCUCCAGAAUCACAAUUUUAUUUCGGCCUCUACGGUUUAUUAUUCUGAUAAGAAUUCUUCAUCUGGCUAAUCAAAAAAGACAACUUGAAAAGGUGGCCAGAAGGAUGGUUUCAGGAAAUAAACGACGAUACAAAAAGGGUGGAUUUGACCUAGACCUGACUUAUGUUACUGAGCGUAUUAUUGCCAUGUCAUUCCCAUCUUCUGGAAGGCAGUCUUUCUAUAGAAAUCCCAUAAAGGAAGUUGCCCGAUUCUUGGAUACCAAGCAUCAAAACCACUAUCGAGUCUACAAUCUAUGCAGUGAAAGAGCAUAUGAUCCUAAGUAUUUCCAUUAUAAUGUUCAUCGAAUCUUGAUUGAUGAUCAUAAUGUUCCCUCUCUAAGUGUGAUGUUGGAAUUCUCCAAGGAAGUAGAUGAGUGGCUGGCUGAAGAUAAGGAAAACAUCGUAGUAAUUCACUGUAAAGGGGGGAAAGGAAGGACUGGAACUAUGGUUUGUGUCUGCCUUAUCACCAGUGGAAUAUUUGUCACUGCAGAGGACAGCCUUUAUUAUUUUGGAGAACGACGAACAGAUAAAACCAGCAGUACUAAAUUUCAGGGAGUAGAAACUCCUUCUCAGAAUAGAUAUGUUGGAUAUUUUGCAGAUGUGAAAAAUAUCUACAAUAUGACUCUCCCUCCAAAAAAAAUACUCAAGAUAAAAAAAUUCUGUCUUUAUGCAGUUCAUGGUGUUGGAAAAGGCAAUGGAAGUGAUCUAAAAGUACAAAUAAUAAUGCAGCAAAAGAUUAUCUUUCUCUGUUCCGCUUUCAAAAACUGUAGGAUAUUUCAUGACAAUAAAAAAGACAGAGCAAUAAUUAAACUACUCAGCUGCCCUCCUCUGUAUGAUGAUGUGAAGGUGCAGUUUCUCUGUAAUAAUCUUCCUAAAUACUAUGACAACUGCCCAUUUUUCUUCUGGUUCCAUACAUCUUUUAUACAAGAUAACAGGCUUUAUCUUUCAAGAAAUGAAGUGGAUAAUCUCCAUAAACCAAAAGCAUGGAAAAUUUACCCGCCAGAAUUUGCAAUUGAGAUAUACUUUGACGACGUUUUGUGA